UUCACUGAGGGUCUGUGUGAAGGCAUGACACAUCGCUGGGCAUUCAACAGCUGGAUUUCACCCCCAACUGCCCACUAUCACAAUGUCAAAUCACAGUGAUCUGGCUGUGGUCAUCCUGGCCUUCACUGCCGGGUGGUGCCUGUGUGCAGCUGAUGUCGGGGACUUCGCUCCUUGCCUGCAGGUCUUCUAUAAGUCUUGGCCUCCCAAAGGUCUGGCAGGGACCCCGAUCUGCCAACAUUAUUACAACCAGUACCGCUUUGCCACGUUGUACAGUCGACCACGCCGCUCUCCAUGGUUCUCAGCCUAUUUGUACUCUGUACCACAAGGAAAGAGACCCAGUGCAUCUUGGAAGUUCGAGCCACAGCUAGCAUACCCAGGAGCUGAUGGCAACAUGAUCCCCUUCCCUCCGGGCCCUCUGGACCAGAACGUGGUAGACAGCCAGGCAGUGGAGCCGGACUACAUCAAUUCCACCUAUUCCCGUGGCCACUUGAACCCGAGCCUCCACCACCAGAGACGUGAAGACCGCUCGGCCACCUUCACCCUCACUAAUGUGGUUCCCCAGAAGGCGGGCUCUAAUGACGGGCCCUGGGAAUACCUGGAGCAGGCCGUCAACAAAACCCUGGGGGCCUACUGUCUUGGAGAGGCUUACAUAGUGACUGGCAUCAUCCCUUACCUGAAAGACGAGCGUUGGAUCAAGAAUCAUCGCGUGGCUGUGCCGGAGUAUAUGUGGUCCGCCUACUGCUGCCCAAACUACAACAGCAGUCUGCCAGAAGAACUAAAGGGUGCGUUUCCCACGUACGCCGCAGUGGGCCGCAAUGACCGCAACAGCACCGAGGAGAUCGUGCCCGUUAGCCAGACAGCUAAGAAACGGUUCAGAGGAUACGAUGUCAGACAGAUGCCACUGGAAACACUUGAGAUGUAUCUGAAGGACCGUUUCAAUACCGUUGUCAGUGUUUUUUAUGAGAAAUGCUCUGGAUCAGACUGAUCCUGCACAGAGACACACAGAGACUGCAUUGUUACAAUAAUCAGGUCUUGAAGUGUUUAAUUCAAUUUAAUCCAGACUAAAUAUAAUUACAGUGUGUCCUUUCAACAAAGUCCUGCAAACAAAAUGGCAAAAUAUUAGAGGAAUUAUUCUUAUAAUCUGCCAUCACUAGUUAAGGUUUGGUUACACUGUAAAAAAAUCAUUUAUUUUUAAAAACUGUAAUAUUCAGGCAGCUGAGGCACCAAAACAAUACUGUAAAGUGACUGACUCGUACAGUCAUUUACUAAAAUUAAAAUGAGUUUUUAGCUUUAAUUAGAAUUAUUUAUACAUGUAAAAACAAUUAAAUGACCUAUAAAUACAGGCAACCUUUGCUAUAAUACAAAUAAUCAGGCUUAAAGUGCUGUUAUUAUUAGAUUUUUCUUAUUUUAAAGAAAAUCUUAAAAGUUACAGAACUGUAAUAAAAGUAAUUAUCUGUGAAAUUACAGUAAUUAUUGUU